UUAUAAUCACCCGACGCCUUAUUUGUGCUUUUAUUUGGUGAGGUUGCCUUGCUUUCUCACCGUUCACUCAGGUGCAGCCACCUACAGAACCUCCGGCUCCAGAGAAGACAAAGUUGGUGCCCGUCAUCGCAAUCUUGGCGUUUUGCUGUUUCGUGGUGCUUACCAGCGUGACGUUGCUCAGCAGGUGGUUGCAUGCUCCUACGGUGGGCACGUGCACAACGCCGGCAUGCAGAGAGCACGCAAAGGCGCUCAAGGACGCCAUGAACUCAUCGGUCAAGCCGUGCUCCGACUUCUACAGGUUCUCGUGCGGCUCGUGGAAGCCCGCCGGCAGCCAGCGUUCCAUGAUCGAACAGAUUUUUGCACGCUCGUUCGGCAUCGCGGUCCAGCAACUGGAGGGGAAAGCCAGUGACUCCGACCUUCCUAUUGCGCAGCUGUACUUCCAGAGCUGCCUUGCCGAACCCUCCGCCACUUCGUUAAAGAAGGAGGUCCGCAAGUUCGCGCAGUUCAAGCGAGAUCUCGGCCUCUUAUGGCCCGAGGAAUGGCCCGACAAUAGCAAUGUGUCCGUGCCCCCUCUCAAGGUGCUGAUAAAUUUGACCGUUAACUGGAACGUCAACUUGAUAUUCAACAUACGGGCCAUGCCAGGGUACAAGGGCAGGCCCAGGGCACUCUUCAUCCAGCAAGGAUUGUUGAAUCCCAAGUGGGCGCUUGAGACGGCCGAUGAAAUGACCCGGUCGGUCACAAAACACCUCGAGUACUUCGAAGCUCCUGCGCCUACACCCGAGCAGUUGACGCAGAUAAGGGAUGCGUACCUAGCUGUGGUCAACGCAACCCUGAGCUUCACACCAGACGCUAGGGAUGAGAAGAAGAGGACGCUGAAGGAAAUUGACGAACGUACGGAGUCUAAGAAAGACAAGUGGCUGCUGUAUGUGAACGAGAUGUUCUUUCCCGAUCUCGCCUGGCGACCCGAGGACGUCGUGUUGGUUCAGCACUCCGACAUACUCGACAACGUCGACCACCUGCUGGAAAGUAUGGAUGACGAGUCGCUCCGGUUGGGCAUCGCAUGGGUGCUUCUCCGCAUGACCCUUUGGACAAUCGUCGGAAAACCACGUUUGCGUUACGAAGGCACUGACACUGAGCUCGCGGGGGAAAGAAAGGCUGCCUGCCUGGCUCACGUGGCAGCCAUGUUCGGCCUGGCUAUCUCCACCCGUCACCUGCAUGUACGUUUUCGAGAACAAGUGCGCGGCUACUUGGAAUCCGUCUUCAAGAAUGUCAAAACCCAGUACCAAAAAGGCUUUGCGGGCGCGACAUGGAUUGAAGACUCGGUCAAGACAAAGCUGAAAGCUAAGAUGUCGGAAGACUUGGACCUCGACUCUCUACCCGGCAGCCAGUUCUUUUCCAACUUCACGAUAGGUCAGUUGUACAAGGAUUUCCCGAAGAGCACUGAAUCGUUUUUCGACAAUUUCAUCAACGUAGCCAAGGCAUUUCGUAAGAAGGUGAACUCGGACGACUUCGUCACCACCUUCUCCAAAAGUCUGGGCGACGGUCAUGUGGCAACUUCGUACAGCUACUACUACAACAGCGUCCGCUUCGCCGUCGGGGCGCUCGAGCCGCCGCUCUUCCACGCCGACGGCUCGUUCGCCAUCACGUACGGCUCGCUGGGCACGUUGCUGGCCAGUUCCAUGGCUCGGGCGUUCGACGACCGAGGCAUCAUGUACGACAAAGGAGAGGAAUCUCCGUGGUGGAGCUCGGACGGUGACGCCUACAAGAAGCGCGUCGAGUGCGGCCUCAAAGCAGGCGCGUCUCGCCCCGGCCAAGACGCCGCUCGCUCCAGCCAGCUGUGGUUGCUCGUACUGGGCUUGAGGACCUCGUACGCGGCGUUUCGCGAGGCCGUCAAGGGCGAAGGCAUAGUGCACGUCUUCCGACUAGAGGGUCUCGAGGCAUAUAGCGACGACCAAGUGUUCUUCAUGACUUACUGCCUCAUGACCUGCGCCGUGGGCAGCGACGGCGACGAUUGUAAUGUGCCCGUUCGCCAGUCACGCAAAUUCGCCUAUGCCUUCAAGUGCGCUGACAAGACGCCCAUGAACCCAAAGAAAAGGUGCCCUUUCUUUUAAGCGAACGCGUGCAGUGAACUUCUUUUAUUUUUUCGUAUCCCAAUUCCUCUCUUUUUUUUUUUUUUUUUGCUUUUGACGGUGCGGGGUAUAAGUUUCACGUAUCUUAAUUUAGUGCUCGCUUGCAUACGGAAAUCGAAUGAGCAUUUAUUCGACAUCAUCAAAGACAGGUGUCCAAGGUACAGUGCUGAAAGCUCGAAGAUUCGGAUUUACAGGCAUUUGUAUCCCGUAAAUUUAAUUCACACUUUAUAUUAUUGGUUCUUAACGGCUGAACGUCUUGUCUUUCUCGGCACGUGAGUGGACAUCAUGGGUCGGCGUGUCGUGUUUCGUGUUUACGGGUGACGAGAUUUGUAUUGUUUUUUCUAUCUUUAAGCGUUUGCACAAUUAACUGAACUAUACAGAGAAUAUAGUAUUCUGGGCGACGCACUUGUGCCACGUCUGCCGCUGCUUUUCAAGUCAAAGGCUCACACAAGGCGCUUGGCGGGCAACACAGCCAUUAACAAACGUAUGUGCGUGAAGCGAAGUGCACUUAGUGAUUGUGACAUCGGAACUCAUCUGUGUUACAAGUACACAUAAGGAAACUUGUAAAAAUGGCAGCUUAAUGCACCUCGGAAGAACACUUCACCCCUCAGCGCUGUCGAGGGCUCGCUCAGGUGCAGGCGUCCUUUUCUUCUCUUUUUAUUGCACAUUGCGGGCGUUAGAAGCGACCGCCAGAAUUUGUUUUUAUUAGACACCAUUUUCCGUAUAUCGCGAAAGACUGCUCCAUGCAUUUGAGUUGUACUGCGUUACGCUAAUUUGUAUAUUUUGCCAAGUCUCAUUGUAGUAUAUUGCUCUGCUUAUACUGUAUUGCAUCCAUUCGCCAUUUUCGUUGUCACCGUUAUUUUCUGCUCUGUCGUGCGCGUGCUCAAUUUUCUGGCAUUGCAUCGCUUAAACAGAACACGCUUCCUUUUUUAAUGAAA